CGUAGUUUAAAUCCUCGCGACCUCUGACUUGCAGUAAACUUCUCUACUUCCUGUUCGCCGUCCCACUCUUAUGGACUGAAAAGGCGAUGGUUUUUGAAGGAAAGGGAUUCUGUUUCGAUUGAUUUGGAUUGAAGUUGAGCACAAGAUGAGUUGGAUUCCUUUCAAAAUUGGACAACCAAGGAAACAGAUUGUUUCGAAAACGGUUGAAAGGGACUUUGAGCGGGAAUAUGAGAAGCUCCAAAAGGUGGAAGAUCAGACAAAGAAGCUGCAUAAAGACAUGAAGAAAAGCACAGAGGCUGAUUUAGCAAUGUCUAAAGCAGCCGUGAAGAUCUCAGGGGACUUGUUGAGCAAUCCGUUGUGUGAGCAGGAUCUGGCUUUUCUUGAAUCCAUGACUGCUCUGGAUACAGCCAUGAAGAGAAUGGAUGCCUUCAAUCAGGAGAAGGUCAAUCAGAUUCAGAAGACCGUGAUCGACCCUUUGAAAAAGUACAGCAGUGUGUUUCCCAGUCUGAACAUGGCAGUAAAACGCAGGGAACAGGCUCUUCAAGAUUAUAAGAGACUCCAGUCUAAAGUGGAGAAAUAUGAAGAAAAAGAGAAGACGGGGCCCAUCAUGGUCAAACUCCAUCAGGCUAGGGAAGAACUGAAGCCUGUCAGGGAAGACUUUGAAGCCAAGAACAAGCAGCUGUUGGACGAGAUGCCCGAGUUCUACAACAGCCGCAUUGACUACUUUCAGCCCAGCUUUGAGGCUCUGAUACGAGCUCAGGUCCAAGGCGGAUUUUCCUCUGAACUAGUUUUCCUUCCAGCCCCACGUGCUGCACGGCAAACAGAUCCCCUCUCCGCUCUUCAUGUGGUGAGACCACCAUAAACAGGACAGACCAGUAUCCGCUUCCAUUCAGCACUGGGCAGGAACUGGCCUCUCAUAGAUCACAGAGUGCCACUGACGGCCAGCGUGGAGUCUUUGAUUAGAGUCUGAAGUCAUUUCGAGCAAUCCCAGAGGCAGUUUACACAAUCUAUUCAAAAGAGAUGUGCUUCAUCACAGUGUUUGGUGCCGCAUUUAUACAUCUGCCCUACAAAAACCUUAAAAAGUGUCUUUGCAAUCCGUGGGUGUCUGAACCCGAUGGCUCCUGUGUGAACAAUGGAGUCGAGUUGCGUUCAUCAAUCGAAACUCUGCUGCGUAUCUCUAGCUAACAAGACCAAAGAGGAAAUGGCUUUUCAGUUUGAUCGCCCCAUGUAAAAGACGAACCUUUUCCCACUCAGAUUUUGCUUUUACGGGUUCUGCUUUUCAGAAACAUUCAUACUGGUAUUGCUAAAUUAUGUAUUGCUAUUAUUAUUGCUCAUAUUUAGGGUCAGUGAUUUGAACAAACCUCUAUUUUGUAGUUUUUGUUUAGUUUUUUUAUUUUGUCUGUUUAAGGAAAGUCAUUAGGGUUCGAAACCACUUAGCAACCAUUCAGAACACCCUAGCAACCACAAGCUAAAAACCGCUUUGAAAACCUUAGCAGCCACAUACUGUAGCAUGAGUUUUGCACCACUCGUAUUGUCCUGAGAAUGUUUAGUUUUUUUUCCUCACUGGAUUUUAAGGCCAUAGUAGAUGUGGAUUUGUUUGCCAGCGCACAUACAGUAAGCAGCUUGAAUAAAUGUGCUGUGUGUAGGUUUGAGAGCCGAGCAGCUGUAUUUCCCAGCGCUUUCAAUGGCGGCCCACUCCUCCUGGAGUCUUGUAAUGUGAUUAAAGGCUAUUAAUCAUCAAAGCGUCUCUCGCGGGACCCCUGACUCACGGGCCGGGGGAAGAGCAGGGGCGGGACGUGUCAAGAAAGCUUUCAGCCGACACUCGCUCGCUCACACAGCGAUCACUGAAGAUCGGGGUCACCUGCUACUCACAGACCCACGAGCGUUAUCUCUGUGCCGUAGCAUUUUCCUGUAUGAGCGGGAGUGAAGAAUAUCCCUUCUUUGGAAAAAGUCAAGUUCUUUAUUUAGCAUAAAGUGAUUUCAAGUACAAAUUAAGGCCUCAGAUAUGCAGUCAUUUUCUAUUUUAGUUUAGACUGGGCUGUGUCCUGUCAGAAUGAGCAUAUUUACAUGAUGAAGACCAUCACAGUAGGGAAUCUCAGGGGUUUUAUUGAGUCUGACUUUUCAGCUCAACGGGUGUGUCAUUAUGAAGGGGAGUGGCUUUGUCUUUUAGGGGCGUGUCCAUUAUAAUCAUGUCAGAUUUUAGGUGGCAUUGAUCAUAUGCAGCUGGAUUUGUGAAUGUUAUCGGUUUGUACACAUUGUAUGUGACCGUGAUUAAGAUGUCCAGAAAAUGCUAUCACAUUAGCCAGAGAUUAGACAAAAGGUCCUUGCACACCGAGUCUGAAGAUUUCAUAUGCAUUUUUUUGUUUUUGUUUUUU